AUGUCAUUGCCAAACAUAGAUGAACUAAAUAUCAAACAAAAUGACACUGAUCUAAUUGAUAUAACCCAGGAUGUUUUCGCCUCAGUACAACAGUUGAAAGAAAAUAAAGUGGUCAAAUCAGGCUUAUUUGAACUUCUUGAUGGAACGAGGGCAUUGGAGAUGCUAAAUCCAAGACACGAUACUGGAUUGAUAGAACUUGCAGAGGAUGACGUAUUGUUUGAUUGUUCAAAGUCUCAAACUGCAACAUCAAUUGUCAAUAUUCAAACUAAAUUGCUUGUACAACUAGUAAAUUGGUUAGAGGGCCAUAGCCUUGAUGAAACUAUACUUAGUUGUCGUUAUGUUCAAACAAUGCUAGAGAAUUACUUUCAGGAUCCGAGUCUGAUCAAUCACAAAUGUGCAUUUAGUCAAACAAAGUUGAAACCCCAGAGCUAUACCAAAGAUACAGAUUACUGGUUAGUCCACAGAGUACUAAAAGCAUUUGUAAAAGGGUUGUGCAAGUUCAUUGGGUUUGUCAUCAACUUGGCCAAGACCUUUUUAUAUGAAGAGGAAGAUUUGACGACAAGAAGUCACGAUUUAAACUAUUUUACAGAAGUACUGCCCCAAACUGUCAUUGAUGAAAUUAACGAUACUUUUGAAUGGAUAUUGAGCCAUGAAGUAGACAGUUCGGAUAUUAUCAUUAGUCAGAUGAAGUUGGUGCAAUAUUUAAAUCAAUUUGAGAUCAAAGUCACAUCACAACAUAUACCAUUUAUGGAGGAGAAUAGUCUGAACCAGGGACAGUUAUUUUCCUUUUGCGAUGAUGCAGUGAAUGAAAUAAAUCAUAUCAGACAGUUCAAUUUGGAAGAGUCGAAUAUUCCCAAGGGGGCUUUUUCCAAAUUUAUCCAGGUUGAAAUGGGUAAUAUAAAUGUGCCUGUUGAAUUAGCUUCCGUUACCGAGACUGAGUACUGCAAUCACUUGGAGGCGAUUUUUACGGUUGUCAAAACAUACGUUAACCAAGCAGCUGGUAUCAAAUCAAUGAAUCAAUUACAUGAUUAUUUGCAAUUUAACAUCAAAUACCCUAUUGGUAAAUUUUCAGUCUUUGCCAGAGGUUUGUUUCAGCUAUUCUUUAUCAGAGACGAUAAAUCAAUUUUUGGCUCUGCCAUAGAUUUACCCAAUUUAAACAUUAAGAUAAUUGAGAAUUUGGUUGGUCCAAACACUCUGUUCUUGAUGCCUCUUGAGCCUCAAUUGGCGCAGGUUAAAAGUACCACAGCAACAGAAAUUCUAACCAAACAUGAUUCACUCAUUCAGGAUUUGGACAGUGCUAUGUAUAACAACCAUUGCAUAUAUGGGGCCAACCCAUGUCGAGUGCAGCAACUAAUCUCAAGAAGUUUGGUGUUGUGGGACACGUUACAAGUCGAAUGGGAAGCGUUUGAACUCCAAAUGUUUCAGGAAUUUCAAGUCGGAGACCAUAUUAAUGACAACAACCCGGCAAUUUCUAUCACCUCAUUUGUAUACUAUCAAAAAAUUGAAUUGAUGAUUGAAUUGUUGCUUGGGGGUGCUUGUUUGGAGCUUUACAAACCGUUUGAGUUAUACCUGGUCUAUUGGUAUGGUUAUAUACUAUUAGAGAACUUGAUCCAACAUUUGAAACUGCGCAUUAAAAUGAUCCUCUUGGGAAAAAUGGAUGUUAUAGAGGAGAAGUUACCUAAAAAGAUUAAAAAGUUGAAGAACGGGCCCAAGAAGGACGCAUUGAAGGAGCAAUUAAAACACGGACAAGAGGUUAUUAUACCAAAGUUACUAUCCACCGUUCGUUACCAAGACUACCUUGUGGAAUCGUUUGAGAAUUUACAACGGCUAAUCAAUUGUUUUACAAGGUAUUAUGGUGUUCUUUCUAAAUUAAAGAUACUUGAUUUUACCAAGGGUCCAUUGAAUAAAUUGACCUCAAUGGAGCAUCUAUACUAUCUAAGAAUGAAACCAUGGUCUUCAAUUGGUGUGCCACAGUUCCCAUCCUAUGGAGAAUACCAAAAGGCACUUGUGGCAACACACCCCGAAACUGAUAACCGUGCUAGUUUGAUCAAAUGUUUGGGAACAUUGACUAAAAUAAAGAGCGAUUUGGUGAUUGUUGAAAAACAAGCGCAGAUGCUGUUGGACUAUGCUAUUCGUCAAAGCGAUUCUUUUAUAGAAGGUUCCUUGAUUCAACAGUGGUACACCCAAUUAAUUGAAACCUCAUUGGAUUUAGGUGUUGUAAUCAGUGACUUGGGCAAGGUCUUGUCGGCAAAUAAGGAGAACUUAUCGCAAAUCCCUCAAAAGUAUCAUCCACUGAUGGUACCAGCCAAACACAAGUACUUUAUCCAAGUGAAAUUGGAGGCAAAUGAACACUGA